UUGGCGCUGCGCGAAUGCAGUAAGUGUUGGCCCUCUGGCCUGGGCUCUUGGAUGCUUGGAGACAGGUUGCCGAGGUCUGGGUGUGCGAGGCGCUAAUCUGCCCCUCCGGGUUUAACGCUGUGAGCGGCGGAGCCGAGGAGCUGAGGGUUCUCGUGCGGGAUCAGCGGUAGACCCGACCAGGCAGCGGCGGAGCAGUGCGACGGACCGGGGCGGGCGGAGCCGGCUUUUCUGUCGGCUGACGCAGGCCGGCGCGCCGCGCCUUUAAGGCGUCCAGCGGAGCCCGGCUCCGGGAACUGAGCGGCGCGGGCACGAGCGCUGCUGCCGGACGCGAGCGGGGCUGGGGCCCGAAGACGGGCGUCCGGAUCCGGUGGCGCGACCCAGGCGCCUGAGAAUCUCAUUUUCAGCUUCUGCCAGAGCCAGUAGCAGUUGGGAAAGAAGGCUGUGUUCUUUGAAGAAAUUUUGAAUUAUACCCUAAGAUGAAGGUACUGGAACUCAGGAUUCCCAGUUUUCCAAAAUCACCCUGCAGGUGUCGGCCAGUCUUAAAGAGCAGGAUGGAUCUUGACGUGGUUAACAUGUUUGUGAUCGCGGGCGGGACACUGGCCAUCCCAAUCCUGGCAUUUGUAGCCUCGUUUCUCCUGUGGCCUUCAGCGCUGAUAAAAAUCUAUUACUGGUACUGGCGGAGAACGUUGGGUAUGCAGGUCCACUACGUUUACCACGAAGACUAUCAGUUCUGUUAUUCCUUCCGGGGCAGGCCUGGGCACAAACCGUCCAUCCUCAUGCUGCAUGGGUUCUCUGCACAUAAGGAUAUGUGGCUCAGCGUGGUCAAGUUCCUUCCAAAGAACCUGCACUUGGUCUGCGUGGACAUGCCAGGACAUGAGGGCACCACCCGAUCCUCCCUGGAUGAUCUGUCCAUAGAUGGGCAAGUAAAGAGGAUACACCAGUUUGUAGAAUGCCUCAAGCUGAACAAAAAACCCUUCCACCUCAUAGGCACCUCCAUGGGUGGCCACGUGGCUGGGGUAUAUGCUGCUUACUACCCAUCAGAUGUCUGCAGUCUUUGUCUUGUGUGCCCUGCUGGCUUGCAGUACUCAACUGAUAAUCAAUUUGUGCAGCGGCUCAAAGAACUGCAGAACUCGGCCACCAUGGAGAAGAUCCCCUUGAUCCCAUCCACCCCAGAAGAGAUGAGUGAAAUGCUCCAGCUCUGCUCCUAUGUCCGCUUCAAGGUGCCCCAGCAGAUCCUGCAAGGCCUUGUUGACGUCCGUAUUCCUCAUAACAACUUCUACAGAAAGCUGUUUUUGGAAAUCGUCAGUGAGAAGUCAAGAUACUCCCUCCAUCAGAACAUGGACAAGAUCAAGGUCCCAACGCAGAUCAUUUGGGGGAAACAAGACCAGGUGCUCGACGUGUCUGGCGCCGACAUGUUGGCCAAGUCAAUCGCCAACUGCCAGGUGGAACUUCUGGAAAACUGUGGGCACUCAGUGGUGAUGGAGAGGCCCAGGAAGACGGCCAAGCUCAUCGUCGACUUCUUAGCUGCUGUGCACAGCACAGGCAACACCAAGAAGCUGGACUGAGACCCCACCUGCAGCCUGCACUCACACACAGCAUCCACCCCCAUCUCCAGAAUCAGACACGGCCACCAUUUCUCAGGGAUCCUGCCCCAGACGUGGUCAGAGUGCCGGCGUCCCUGAGGAGGCCAGUCCCCUGUCCCCGGUCCCGACAGAUCCACAGAGCUUUGGGGGCCACAAGGAAAUCUCCAAGAUAUUUUUCACAAUAUAGAAACUCACAUGAGACAAAAUUAAGAAAACCUAGCCAGAGAUCUACCCAGAAGUCUUCAAGUCGUGUUGCAAAGCGGCUGCCUUGGGACCGUAAUCACCGAGGCCAUUUUCUUUAAAACAUCCUUCACAGACUGAGACUCGAGGUUUUUCUGCUGCUUCGAUGUUCUCCCCUGCAUGGUCAGUGGCUGUUUUAGGAGCAUUAGUCUCCAUCUGCUGAGCCCUUCUUGUUUAUGUCUAGUUUAAGUUUUAUGUAGAGGCCCCUAUGAAUGCAAGUCUGUCAGCUGCAAGACCAGGGAGCAAGAUGCAAACUAUAAACGAUAUUAGCCCGCGAGGAGGGGUGCGGUCCCACAUCUGUGGCCCCCUAGCUGCUGGAGCAGUGGAGAGCACGGGUCGGGGCGCUGAUGGGCCCCUGCACGUCAGCCCUGUCAUGAGGGAGCCCGCAACGGUCGCCGUACGAAGAACAGGGUGGGUUUCCUGGGAAUCAGCGAUUAUUUUUUAAAAUAGGACUAAUGAAGCAAUAAUGUUCUGUAAUCAGACCUGGAUUCCACACACAAGCACCUCGUGGGCAUCUUUUCUAUCUUGCUGCGCUACUGAAGACCCUUGGGUGUAAAAAUACUAGUUUGUUAAUGAAUUCUGUGAAUUCUGUGAACAGUCAUGUGAUUGAAAAUAAGUCUAAACAGCUGUAAAAGUGACCACAAUGACAUGAAAUAAAUUUAAUAAAUCUAGAUCAGCAACAUGCA